AUGGCUUCCCUCGCCACAGCCAACGCCGCCGUCUCGGGCUCUGCAUCCCGUGGGAAGCCAGAAAAGGAGAGGGGGCUCCCGCUCAUGUCUCGUCGUCAGGUUGAAGGAAUGAUCGCCCAGGGUCGCUGCAUCACCAUCGUCGACCAGUUUGUUCUGAAGCUUGACAGCUGGCUGCCCUACCACCCAGGUGGAGACAAGGCCAUCCAACAUAUGGUCGGUCGAGAUGCCACCGACGAGGUCACAGUAUUGCACUCCCCGGAAGCAAAGGCACAAAUGACCCGGUACCGAGUCGGCCGAAUCGAGGGACGCUGGAGGAACUUCAUACCACCUAUUCAAGGGGGCAAGUUCAGGACGCUGGAGGACGGCGGCUCCGAAGUCGACGAUGCCGAGGAAGACGACGCUUUGCGCUUCUUUGGCCCCUCCUCGCCCAGCGACGUCAGCUCCCGUGAAGCCUCCCCCGUUUUCGACAGCAGCGACAGCGGCGUCAGACGGCGACAUGCAGCGGUUCAGAGCCCGAGCUCAGCUUCCAUCUCCUCGGCGACUUCGGAUGGCGCUGACGAGGGUGAAAUGGACGGCACUGCCUUUCUGGAUUCGGAGACACGCAAGGAGAUCCGCCUCGAUCUCGACAAGUACCCUUCCCUCGACGACGAGACUCAGACCGAGAUUGUGCGCAAGUACCGGCUGCUUGACCAGCGCAUCAAGGACGAGGGCCUGUAUGAUUGUGACUACCGCGCUUAUGCCGUCGAGAUCAUGCGCUACACACUCCUGUUUGUGGGCAUGCUGACCUUUCUGCGCUGGGGCUGGUAUGUUCCGAGCGCCGCUUGCCUGGGAUGCUUCUGGCAUCAGUUGGUCUUCUCUGCCCACGACGCUGGGCAUAUGGGCAUCACGCACAACUUCCACAUCGAUACAUGCAUCGGUAUUUUCAUUGCCGACUUCAUGGGCGGCCUCUCUAUCGGCUGGUGGAAACGGAACCACAACGUUCACCACAUCGUCACGAACUCCCCCGAACACGACCCAGACAUUGAGCACAUGCCCUUCUUUGCUAUAUCCCAUCGAUUUCUCGGCAACCUGACGUCCUCAUACUAUGAACGCGUUAUGGAAUACGAUGCCGCAGCCAAGGUGUUCUUAUCGGCGCAGUCCUACCUGUACUACCCGAUUCUAUGCUUCGGCCGUUUCAACCUGUACAGGCUCUCCUGGGACCACCUCAUCUUUAGACGUAGCCCAAAGAAGGGCAUCGCUUGGUGGCACCACUGGCUCGAGGUAGCCGGGCAGGUUUUCUUCUGGACAUGGUUCGGCUACGGCAUCGUGUACAAGUCGAUCCCCAACAACUGGAACCGUUUCGUCUUCGUCAUGGUCAGCCACAUCCUGCAGUCGCCGCUGCACUGCCAGAUCACUCUUUCACACUUUGCCAUGAGCACGGCGGAUCUCGGCCCUCACGAGUCGUUCCCCCAGAAAAUGCUGCGGACGACAAUGGACGUCGACUGCCCGACGUGGCUUGACUUCUUCCACGGCGGACUGCAAUUCCAAGUCGUCCACCACAUGUACCCUCGCAUCCCCCGCCACAACCUGCGCAAGACGCAGAAGUUGGUACAGGAGUUCUGUAAUGACGUGGGCAUCCCUUACGCCCUGUACGGCUUCGUGGAUGGGAACAAGGAUGUCAUCGGCAGGCUAGCGGAGGUGUCUCGGCAGGCAGCCAUUCUGGCCAAGUGUCAAAAGGCCGUGGUCAAAAGCGGCGACAUUCUCCACGGACAUUGA